UUUAGCUAUGAUUACCAGACGCUUAAUAGUAUCCGUGAUUUCGUGGCGACAAUAUGACUACAGGAUUGACCGAAGUCGAGGAAUGGCUCCGUCAAGGUUUAAAAGAAGAGAAUAUAACAGAUUUGGAAUUCAACGUCAAAGGCACAACGGAAGCGGGGACUGGUUAUUUGGGCGACGUCGUGUUUAUCGAGGCUGACGGUACCAAGGAGGAUGGUUCCAAGAAACACUACGAUCUUGUCGUUAAAGUGGGAAAAAGAGAAGAGAAGUUCAGAGAAGCUUAUGCGGUACGUGUAGCAGGCACCAACGAAAUUUUCGUUUACAACCAACUGAUACCGAUAUUUAACAAAUUCCGAAGAGAUCAUAAUCUGGAACCGAUUCAGUUUUUGGCCAAGUGUUACGGUACUUACUUAACCGAUAACUGUGAAGUCGUCAUUCUUGAUAACCUCUCUAAAUCUGGAUACCACUUACAUAACCGCAAAGUGCCGAUGAACAGUCAACAUGUAAACGUGGUUCUGAAAACUUACGGGCAAUGGCAUGCCCUUUCGUUUGCCAUGCGUGAUCAAAAUAGUGAAUUAUUCGAGAAAGUGGCCGGAAAUAAUCAAUGUUUUUGGGAACAAUCUAUAGAAAAUGCGCGUACACUUGGAUUCGAUGCUAUCAUCUCGAUUUUGGAGGCAAGCAACGAAACUGCGCUUCUAGGGAAGCUUAGGGAAAAAAUUAACAGUGAUAGCUUUGCUGAAAUUGUGACAGUGGAAGAGCCAACGUCGGUAAUAUCACAUGGGGAUUGCUGGAACAACAAUUUUUUGUUUACAUAUAAGAACCACGAUAUUCAUCACGAAAAUCCACAAAAAGUCGCUCUGCUGGAUUUUCAAUUGUCUCGUCUCUCCUCGCCGGUGUUCGAUUUAUCUUAUUACCUCUACACGGCUUGUUCAGAGGAACAGCUCGGAAACUUUGAAGACCUUCUUCACAUUUAUCAUUCUUCAUUGUCCGAAAGUUUGAAGCAGUUGGGGACCGAUCCAGAAAAGAUGUUUCCGUAUAGCACUUUGAGGCGGCACUGGAGUGAAUAUUCAGUUUUUGGACUUAUGCUGUUGGGCACGUUAAUUUUUUCGCUAACGGUUGACAAAGAGGACACUUUCGAUGCCAAGAAUUUUGAAGAGUUCGAUCCAACAGCACUAGUGACUAAAUAUAUCGAACCGAUCAAAAUCCGAAUAUUACCCGCCAUUAGACAUUUUUGGGACAAUAUGACUACAGGAUCUGCCGAAAUCGAGCAAUGGAUCCGUCACGGCUUAAAAGAAGAAAAUGUAAUAGAUUUGGAAUUAAACAUCAAAGGCACGACGGAAGUGGGGACUGGUUAUUUGGGCGACGUCGUAUUUGUCGAGGCCGACGGUACCAUGGAGGAUGGUUCCAAGAAACAUUACGAUCUCGUCGUUAAGGUAGGAAAGAGGGAAGAGAAAUUUAGAGAAGCUUAUGCGGUACGUGUAGCAGGCACCAACGAAAUUUUCGUUUACAACCAACUGAUACCGAUAUUUAACAAAUUCCGAACAGAUCAUAAUCUGGAACCGAUUCAGUAUUUGGCCAAGUGUUACGGUACCCACUUAACCGACAAUCGUGAAGUCGUUAUUCUGGAUAACCUCUCUAAAUCUGGAUACCAAUUACAUAACCGCAAAGUGCCGAUGAACAGUCAACACGUAAACGUGGUUCUGAAAACUUACGGGCAAUGGCAUGCCCUUUCAUUUGCUAUGCGUGAUCAAAAUAGUGAAUUAUUCGAGAGAGUGGCCGGAAAUAAUCAAUGUUUUUGGAAACAAUCUAUAGAAAGUGCGCGAACAACUGGAUUCGAUACUAUCGUCUCGAUCUUGGAGGCAAGCAAGGAAACUGCGCUCCUAGGGAAGCUUAGGGAAAAAAUUAAUAGUGAUAGCUUUGCUGAAAUCGUUACAGUGGAAGAGCCAACGUCGGUAAUAUCACAUGGGGAUUGCUGGAACAACAAUUUUUUGUUUACGUAUAAAAAGGACGAUAUUCCUCACGAAAAUCCACAAAAAGUGGUUCUGCUAGAUUUUCAAUUGUCUCGCCUCUCCUCGCCGGUGUUUGAUUUAUCUUAUUACCUCUACACGGCUUGUUCAGGGGAACAGCUCGAAAACUUUGAAGACCUUCUUCACAUUUAUCAUUCUUCAUUGUCCGAAAGCUUGAAGCAGUUGGGGACCGAUCCAGAAAAGGUGUUUCCCUAUAGCUCUUUGAGGCAGCACUGGAGUGAAUACUCAGUUUUUGGACUUAUCUUGUUGGGCAUGUUAAUUUUUCCUCUAACGGUUGACAAAGAGGACACUUUCGACGCCAAGAAUUUUGAAGAGUUCGAUCCAACAGCGCUAGUGACUAAAUAUAUCGAACCGAUCAAAAUCCGAAUAUUACCCGCCAUAAGACAUUUUGUUAAUUUCUCAUAAGUUAUUCGAUACCUG